AUGAGGCCCUCUCUCGAAUCGCCGGCUGCCGCCAAGUCCCUCAAUCUUCCUGCUACCAUCGUCGUGCCCCUGUCCACCUCCCCGCUCAUGGUCUCUAAGCUACGUGACCUUGGUGCCCAAGUUCACCAGUUUGGCGCUAGCUGGGCCGAAGCCGACGCUCACCUGCGUGAGGUUGUCAUGCGAGAUGAUGCCGCCGGUGUCUAUGUCCCACCAUUCGACCAUUCUGACAUUUGGGCGGGUGCCGCCACCAUGAUCGAUGAGUUGUCCGUGCAGAUGGACGUGCCGGUCCACGGCAUCGUGUGUAGUGUCGGCGGCGGCGGCUUGCUAAACGGCAUCAUGGCCGCCGUGGAAACGGAAGGCGCUGCGAGUCUGCGAGAAUGCGUCCGGACCGGCACCCAUGCUACCCUCGAUAGCAUCACCUCCAUCGCUACCUCGCUUGGAGCCCGCAAAGUUUCUGCCAAAACGUUUGAGUGGCUGGCCAACUCGAACCUAUCCUCUAUUGCCGUCGAGGAUUGGGAGGCGGCCAUGAGCUGCGUAUAUUUUGCUGACGAUGCCCGCUUCGUUGUCGAGGCUGCCUGCGGGGCUACCCUCGCUCCCGCCUACUUUCCCUCUCCUUCCGGAACUAACAGACUUCGAGACGCUUUCGAAAGACUCGAAUUCCCCUGGGACGAGCACAACGUCGUGCUGGUUAGUGUGUACGGCGAUAUUGCGGCCGCUGCCGGAUCCAGCGGAGCCAAAGCCAAGACCGCCACCACGAAUGGCAAUCACCUAGCUUGA